AUGACUUCGCAGCAUUGGUCUUCACAGGGAGAGCACCGUCCAGAUCCCUCGACUGAGCACCAUCCCUCAUACGCUCACCAUAGCCAUCCACAGCCAUCCCCAUACCCACACCACCCUCAACAUGCCCCUCCCCACUACUAUCCCCAGGGUUAUCAACACCACCACGCCACAUCGCCGCCCACCCACCCUUCGCACCAUCCCCAUCCUUACUACUCAUAUCCGCCCCAUGGACCUGCACCCUAUCCUCCACCCCCACCACACCCUUCUCACAUUGUACACGCAUAUGCACAGCCAGCCUACAGCCAGCAAAACAAUAACACCACUCGCAUCAGCAAUGGAAACGGAGCACCGACUUUGCCCUUCGAGACAAUGUCUUCAGCACAUCCUGGCACAGCCACAAGGCCCAAGGCGACCUCUACAACGGCUGCUACAACCAAGACCUCCAAGGCAAAACCGGCGCCAAAGACUAAGACUCAGCAAAAGGAUAUACAAUCCUCAUCAUCCGACGCCAGCAAAGCAUCCUCAGCUCCAAAGACACCAAAGGUAUUCCGCUUUGAGGGUAGCAUCUCCUCAGAGUCCUUCAAAACCACAAAGUCCUUUGACCUCGCUGGCGUCAACAUCCUCAACCGCAAGCCCCUCGAUACCAAGGCCGCGCUCGACAAGCUGCAGCGUCGUAGAGAGACCCAUAACCGUGUAGAGCGCAAGCGUAGAGAUUGCAUCAACCAGUUGAUUGACGAUCUGACAAAGCUGCUGCCGACUAAGCAUCUCGAGGAGGCAACCUCGAAAUGCCACCGCGUCAAUGUCUUGCGAGGAGCUGUGAGCCACAUCAAAUUUCUUAACGAAUCAAACGAUGUUCUCGCGAAAUCGAUUCGAGCCAUUCAUGGCGAAGACGCUGUCUUGCCUAUGCCUGCAUCAGAGAAGACAAAGGCCGACAUUGCGAACAAAGAAUACUCGGAUUCUAUGGAUGUUGACGACGAUGACGAUGACGAUGAUGGAAAGGUGAAGGGCGAAGAUGAGGAUGAGGAUGAAAGGGAGAGCAUGGACGAAGAUCGAGAGUCGACUCGGCUUGACACUACCAAUUCGCGGUCAACUUCGCCCUCAGAAUCAUCUCGAUCGAAGCCCUCAGCUCCAACAAAGGCCUCUUCAUCCUCUCCAAGGAAGAUGGCCCCGCCUCCAGUCAUUGUCACGAAUGCUCCUAGUGAUCCAUCGCAAAAGGCGACUGAGCCCACCAAUGUCUUCAGUCUAGAGUCUCGGCCCAGGGCCAACUCAUUCGCAUCAUCCAUCAGUGACCAGAUGAGCCCCAAAACCACUUUUACCGGCUCCCCUAUGUUCCCGCCCUCGCCCAUUUCGCCAUUGCCCUAUGGACGCUCAGGUCUCUUUCCAUCUGGCGAAGACCAUGUCGAAAGUGGCUCAGGGGCUGAGAGAGACCAGCGUGCACAACUUUCUCCUUUUAUGAGCCAUUCCCCUAUGGCUUCGCCCUCGCCCUCUUUGCCACCAAUUUCGUCCUUGGCUAUCCAGUCGCCCUCAGGGCACAUGGAUUCCUCCGCCAGGGAAGACCAGUCCAUGCACAGCACCGGCGCAAGUCCCGGAUCUUCGUUUUCUGGACGCCCUCAUCGCGGAGGCGCAACUCUGCCACCGCUGACGAUCCCAGAGCCCCACCAUCUGCAUCCAUCCUACCAGCAGGGUGGACCCGUAAGCAGCAGCAGCAGCGCCAGCAGAGGCGGAAGCAAUAGCAACAGAAGCAGUCUGACGCUAUCGCCCCAUUCUUCAGAUCAGCCUCCCAUUUCGCCCUUCAUGCUCUCGCCCAUGCUGUCCCGUUCACCCUCGGUGGGGCCCGUAUCGGCUUCGUCGCCUGGCAACUCGCCCUAUCCUCAUUGGGCACAAGACGGGACUCCUUCUCCUCAGCCUUAUGCGCCUCAUAGUUUUCCCUUCGCGAGCCCCUAUGCUCAUCCCUAUGGAUACCCACAGCCAGGACAGUCGGACCCCAAUCAAGGAGCCCCGUCACAGACAAAGCCUCGACCAAAGUCUUUGCAGCCUGAAUCGAUCUUUAUCCAGGAAGAGCCCUGGAAUGCGCAGAGGAAGCGUAGCGCGUCAAGUGUGUCGGGCAAGGGCCCUCGAGCGAGUAUCCAGGACAAGAAGAGGGCCGGCGACUUUGCUGUUUCAGAAACAAGUGACCCUACCUCGCCAACAUCGUCUAUCACGUCCACGCUCUCAUAUCCUGCAAGCCCAAAUCCCAAGAAGAGGACUCAGCUAGUCACCUACGACGAAGGCGAGGAUGAGAACGCGAAGCGGCCUAAACAGGUUGAAUACGAACGCGAUGGCGAAGAAGCAGCAGAGGCUCAUCAGCCAGAUAGCGGAGUUGUAGUGGUGGUGAAGGCGCCUGAAUCUGAAGAUCAAGAUGCUGCUCAUACACUGACAAAUCUUGCGCAGACCGCUGCUUAA